AUGAGUGGAAACGAUCUCCGUGUUCAUGUGGGAGUACUUAUUGAUGACGUUCAAGUGGUAAAGGGCGCGUUUGCUUUGUACCGUGUGGAUUUAAAGGUAUCAAAAGGUGACAAUUACAGUCACGAUUAUCAUGUAUUUCGACGGUUUUCGGAGUUUUGGAAACUGAAAAAGGAUUUAGAGCACGACGUAAACUCAGAAUUGCCGUAUGAGUUGUCUUCGCAGCGAUAUACGAUAUGGGGGAGGUCAGUUAGAUCGUGCGAUCCGGAUGUUAUUGAAGAACGGAAGAAGGAGCUAACGAGUUUCUUACACGACAUGCUGAACGAUUCGUUUGAUACCAGAUGGAAAAGAUCGCCGUACGUGUGUCAAUUUUUGCAAUUACCGAGCGAUUGGUAUACGAUUCCGUCGCGACGGAAACUAACUGCAACUGAUCAGAAUGAAACCUUGACAGAAGAAGAACUUCGAAACGCAGAGAAAUGGCUUGAAGAGUUCCGAAAUUGUAAGCGUAUCAUGGAAGAAAAUCGUAAAUCGUCCCGUGGGAGUCGAUCUUUGGCGCAGUUGCGAUUAAGGCUAAGCAACUUGGAAAACGGGCUUGUAUUUUUGCGCGAUAACAAAGUGGUUGGGGUGGGAGAAAUUCAGCGACGUGAGAAUUUGUUGAAAGUGUUGAAAUCUGAUCUUAAUAGUAGUUUUAGUGGAACUGCAGAGGACAGAGGGCUGGAUAGUUCAUUUUUAGUAUCUCAAAAGCCCGGUGCAGGUCGCAGGAUCGGCGAAACUGACACUACAAUGACGAGGAAUAAUCAACAACUCUUGCAACUUCACAAGGACACCAUGAAGGACCAAGACGAAGAACUUGAAAAAUUGCGUGGUGUAAUAAAGAAUCAAAAGAACUUGUCACUGGCCAUGAACCAGGAAUUGGCCACGCAGAAUGAACUGCUGGAUAUGAUGAGUGAAGACGUCGAACAAACUGCGAUUAAACUUCGCAUGGCUAAUCGCAGUGCCAAAAGAUUUAAUGAGAGGUCAUGA